AUGGGGCCCUGUCCAGGAAGCGUAGCCAGCUCCGGAGGAUGCAGGGAGACGCAGUGGUUCGGAAAGGACAAGGUGGAGGGAGAGAGCGAGUUUGGGGGCUCUGCCACUCUGCCCGGCCAGGUGCUGAUGCUCAGGCGCUGCUUCACGUGACUGCAGGCCACAUGGCUAGCUCGGGUCCUGCCACUGGGCCAGAACAUCCAGUUCCACCAGCUCAUGGGCUGUGUAGUGGUUGGGCUCUCCCUCAUGCACACCGUGGCCCAUGUUGUGAACUUCAGAAACCUCCAGGCUCAGGCAGAGGUAACCCUGGGCCAGUUCUGGGAGCUGCUGCUCACCAAGAGGCCUGGCAUUUGCUGGGUGCGCGACUUGUCCCCGAGGGGCGUUGCUCUGCUCACCUGCUCCAGCCCCUGUGUCUGCACGAGCAGCCACUUGGAGGUGUUCUAUUGGACCCACCUGUCCUACCUCCCCAUGUGGCUCCUGCUCAUCUUGCAUGGGCCCAAUUUCUGGAAGUGGCUGCUGGUCCCUGGCAUCUUGUUCUUUCCGGAGAAGGCCAUCGGGCUGACAGUGUCCCACAUGGCAGCCCUGUGCAUCAUGGAAGUCAAUCUCCUCCCCUCAAGUGGUCAGGGGACGGAGCGGGUGCACCUCACAGAAAGACUCAAAGUGACUGUGUUUGGGGACACCAUCUGGCUACACAUCUGGUCCCAAGGCCAGUAGAUAAACAGGUUGUAUGAGUCCUUCAAGGCAUCAGACUCUUGUUCAUUCAUCCAGUUAGGAAACGGCUGCUUCCUGGAGCUGCACAUGUACAUGCCAGCUUCACUGGGCAAGAAUGACAUGAAGGCCAUUGGCCUGCAGAUGGUCCUCCAUCUCCUGGUCAAGAAGGAGAAGGACUCCAUCACAGGGCUCCAGACGCGCACCCAGCCUGGGCACCCUGACUGGAGCAGGGGCUUCCAGAAAGUGGUCAUUGAGAAGGGCAAGGUGCAGCUCUUCUGCGGCUCCCCAGCUCCGGCCAAGGUGCUGUCGGGCCAUGGCCAGCAGCUCAGCUUCACAUCCUUCCAAGAGAACUUCUAG